UUUAAAAGCAGCGGCAGACUUUGGGUAAGACACUCCUUGCUGCAGAGUUGUCCAGCUCAUACCCCACAGUCAACAUGAUCUUCAACGGCUCCUGGAAAAUUGAGCGCAAUGAAAACUAUGAGAAAUUCAUGGAACAAAUGGGAAUUAACAUGGUGAAGAGGAAGCUGGCUGCUCACGACAACCUCAAGAUAAUCAUCGAACAGACUGGAGACAAGUUUCAUGUCAAGGAGACCAGUAAUUUCCGCACCCUGGAAAUAGACUUCACCCUGGGGGUCACCUUUGAGUACAGCCUUGCAGAUGGAACAGAACUAUCAGGCUCAUGGACCAUGGACGGAGACAUGAUGAAGGGAGUUUUCAACAGAAAGGACAAUGGGAAACAGCUGACAACAACCAGAAUCAUCCAAGGAGAUGAGCUCAUACAGAGCUACAACUACGAAGGUGUGGACGCAAAAAGAGUUUUCAAGAGGGGUUAGACCACAAAUGUUUGACCACAGGAUUACAUACAGUAUUGUCUCGAUUUAUCAACUACGCAUACCAGCAUAACCUGUAAAAAGUGCACUACUUGUAAUGCCAUAUAUUUGAAUUACAAUGGAUUUUGAUACUUGCAGUAAUAAAGCCUUUCUGCCUGUG